AUGGCUUUUGAGGGGGGAAACCUUGAAAAAUAUGAAAUGUUUUUUCCUAACUUAUCAUCUUAUAUGAGUUCUGGGCCUUUAAUUGCAAUGGUUCUUGCUCGGCAUCAAGCAAUCUCUUACUGGAAGAACCUGUUUGGACCCUCAAGUAGCUUAGUAGCUAGGGAAACAUAUCCUGACAGUUUAAGAGCAAUCUAUGGAACAGAUGAUCUGAGAAAUGGACUUCAUGGCAGUGCCAACUUUGCAUCAGCUGAAAGGGAAAUCCGAUUCAUGUUUUCUGAAGUGGUUAUUGAACCAAUCCCAGUUGGGCAAGCUGCUAAGGAUUACCUCAACCUCUAUGUCAUACCUACCCUACUGAAAGGACUUACAGAACUGUGUAAGAAGAAACCAGCAGAUCCUUUUACUUGGCUGGCUGACUGGUUAAUUGAACACAAUCCCAACACACCUAAGUUGCGACAUGCUGUGAUUGUGGAGGAGCCUUAAAGAAGACAAUUCAAAACUCAUUAAAAACAGCAUAUUGUCUUUUGAAUUUCUUACCAACAUUAGUAUGUGAGAAAUAAUAGUUCAAAAUCUUUUGUAAACUGAGAAGCAGGACAUUGUGAAAUACACAGACUGAAGUAGCAGUAUACAAGAUUGAAAUUUAAAUUAAUAAAGACCUACAUAUAAAUUGCAAAAAAAAAAUAAAAAAAAUUAAAAAAAGGAAAAGAAAAAAAAAAGAAAAGAAAAGAAAAGAAAAAUAUGAAAGGUCAUCAUAGAAUAGUUUCACCACUCCUUUGGUUUAAAUGGGAGAGACAGUAGCAUACAAAAUCAUUCUCUUUAAAUUUGAAUGAUGUUUUCUAGACAGAUUCAUAAGACAUCAUGUUGCUAAAAACUGUCAGUGUUAUCAUAAUCUUCAGUGCCUUUGAGGCUUGAUUUUAGCCAGAGCUCAGAGGCAGAAGCUGUGAAUGCAAAUCCUGUGGAAUAUGUGAAAUAACAUUUGUUCUUCUAGGUGUAGCUCUGAGCUUUAGAAACAAUUAUGUUUACCACAGAGGCACUGUUGUUAACAGUCUUCUGAAAGAAAGAAACAGGCCGAUAUUUUGUCAAUAAGUUACUAUGGUGCAAGUUGGACUUACACCAUUGUAACUUACUUUUUUGUUCAUUGCAUAGAUUGGAAUUUUGUUCUCACCAUUCAGUGACCAAAGCCCCACCCCCCACCCCCGGUGCACCUUGCAAGCCACACAACUCCCACACCUCAUUGCUAUUUCUAGAUUGU